AUGCCAAGACUACAGCACAUUGUUGUUAACAAGCUAACUAGUGAUCAAAUUCAUGAACUUCAAAAAGAUGUUUCUGAUGUUGAAGUGCAGUUAGCACUAUUCUCAAUGCAACAAGGCAAGGCACCUAGACCAGAUGGUUUUCCUGUGGAAUUUUUUGUGAAGAAUUGGGGUGUAGUGCAGGCUGACUUUAUUAAAGCUGUGAAACAUUGCUUUGGAAAUGAUAGUCUACAUACUCGUCUGAAUAGUACAAUUAUUUCUCUCAUUCCAAAGGUUCCUAAUCCAUCUACUAUGCAUGAGUAUAGACCUAUAUCUUGUUGCAAUACUGUUUAUAAGGACAUUGUUAUUGGCUAUCAUAAGAAAAAUGGACAAGCUAAAUGUGCUGUGAAAGUAGACAUGAUGAAGGCUUAUGACACUGUAAGGUGGGAUUUCUUGUUUGCUGUUAUGGAGUCAAUGGAAGUCUUUUCUCUCUUGUUUGAUGAGGCGACUAGGAUACCUGAAUUCCAGUUUCAUCCUAAAUGUCAAGCCCUUGAAGUUUCUCAUCUCAUAUUUGCAGAUGAUUUAUUUCUUCUAUCAACUGCGAAAUCGAGAUCUAUGAAUGUAAUGAAUUCAGUUCUUUUGGAAUUUACUGCUUUGUCUAGCUUAUCACCCAAUCUACAUAAAAGUGAGAUUCUCUUAUUAGGGGUUAGUGACGAGGAAGGAAUGGAAUUGUGCAAGAUUCUGGCGAUGAAGAGAGGAUAUUUACCAAUCAAAUAUUUGGGAGUACCUUUGCUAAGCACAAAGCUUUCAUUGAAAGACUGCUUUCCUAUUAUUGAGAAGAUAAAAAAAGAAAAUUAUGUGGUGGAGCUCAAAAGCUUUGACUUCUGCUGGUAUGCUUCAGUUGGUAAAGUCAGUACAGCUGAGUAUGCAGGAGUAGUGUAUUCUUAUUACCUCAAGCUGUCAUACAGAAGAUUGAAGCCAUGCUCACUGCAUUCUUGUGGAAAGGUGAAACCUCUGCUAAACAUGGAGUUAAAGCAUGGUGGGAGGAAAUAA